AUACGUAUCUCCCCUGGGGCCCCUCGUCUACGCCAUCCCUUCUGCAGGGCCUCAUAUUGUUUCAGUUAACGAAGUGCAACAGCUCAGGUAUACUAACUCCCUUCAGUAACAGGUGUAGGUCGCAUCAAAGUCACCAGGCUCUCGUCUUAAAAGUCACCAUGAACCCUCUCCUGGUUGUUUUUCUGGCCAGUGUGCUACUGUCAGGCGCCAGAUGUGAAAAGGCUGUUAUAGAGGCUCUAAUGGACACAGGAGCCGCCUCCACUCAGUGUGGGGAAUUGGAACUGGGAUUUAGUCAGGAGGCUCAUCUGUCGUCCAGCGGGAAGGCGCCCAAAGGAUACUACAGCGUACUGAUAUCGGCUGUGGGUGAGAAGCCCGCCGACUGUGGAUACCGUCAACUCUGUGUGGACGUUGUGGAUAGUCGUAUGGAAUUCUGUUUUGCUAAAGUUCACGUCUCUGGCAAGCAUUUCGAGAAAAGGGAUGCAGUAGCUGAACUUGGAUGUGGUAAGAAGAUCCCGGAAGGUUGGUGUACGAGUGCCCAGUACCUAGAGGUCUCCGUGCUAGAGAAACCCAGCUACACCGAAACUGACGGCUACGGCUUCAACAUCACAGUGUCCUCAAAGUGUUCAACCACUGACGCUGACCAACAGGAAAUCAUUGAUGAUUAUGUACCAAUCGACCUCGAAGAAGCCAUCAACCAAGCACGAAUCAUCGGAGUGAUCGUGGCCGUCUGUUUGGCUUGUAUCUUUCUGGUCACACUCUUACUUACAUACUUAUGGUACAGAAACAAAACUGGAGUCAAUUACAGACAGGAGUCGUAAUCAGGGACAACAUACACCAUGACAACAAGUAUUCACUAGACUAACCUCGCGAAUAAAUAAAAACAAAAACAGUGACAAUGGCUAUUUCCCUGUAAACAAGAACUGUGGAACAUCAAGUGUGCACAAAAACGGAAAAUUGUGAUCAUGUUUCGGCUGGAAUUUUCAACGCUAAAGCCAUUUAACUUCCAUGAAAGAGUCGUGGAUGAGAAGAGAAUUAACAUGGAAACUUUUGCACGAUCAAACUAUUUUCGAACAUUUUCCUUUUGUUGAUUCCCCAAAUCAAAAUCCAUUGCAAGGGAAGUAACUCCUGAAUGGUGUUUCCUUUUGAACAAGAAGGGAAGUAACUCUGUUGAACUUCGUCGUGCUGGCUUGCGUGUCGGUGUCAUUGUGUGUAUGAUCCCAAGUGUGGAGAGAUGGUGAUAGAAAUUGCCCGGGGUCAUAGUUAAUUAAAUCGUGGUGAAAAGCAAGCUUGAUCAAUAGGGCAAAACUACACCCAGGUACAGGAAUCAUAAAAAACGAACUAAUAUCACUGCCAUACGCGGGAUAGAAUUAGAUUGUGAGUAUGUGUGUUCAUACUUCGUACAUGUUAUGUGUUCAAUACAUUCCUGAUUUUAAAAUGACCAUAAAGUUAUGAUAUAUAACCAAACUAUUGUAUCAAUAUUGGUUUAUAUACGUUUGAAUUAUACGUGAGGGAUUAGUGUACGAGUGUAUUAGAGAGUGUGUGUGUUAAUUACAGGGCUGAGUGGGAAACAUGUUUGUCAGUGACGGGAAUCGUCAAAUGUUCCUCACUAUAUCCGAGUUUAUUACUGUGAAACUCUGGGUUUAUCUUGUCACGUGUUCUUCAGUUUAGUAAAUGGUUUAGUAAAUGAAGCAUAAAUAACAUAAAUAAAUAACACAACUGUCCAUGGUGUACAUACAAUAUAAUUACUUCCCCUUUCAAACUUGAAAUGUGAGAAGAAAACAUAUGGCCACAUAUAGAACCCAGAGGCACGUGCACGUGCAGAAGUCAUGUGUUUGAUGCGUACCUACAUAAGAAACCUGUCAUUGAUGAUGAUCAUAUGUAUGUGUUUACGUAGUAUGUUAACGUGUACAACAAAUUUCUGUCAUGAAUCUUCAAACGUGAAAUUAAUAAAAGUGUGAGAAUAACUAUGCUAGUCAAUACUAACUUUUUGGUGUGUAUUGGUUGGAAAACUUUUGUCGGUGAAUGAAAGCAAAAAGGUGUACAAGCUAAAGUGUUGGUGGUUCUACAGAAAUAUCUAUGCGCCAGUCUUGUCGAACAACAAGUAGUCAAUCGUAGACUGUUGUAAAGCUCCGGGUCAUGUUAGUAGAAAUUUUCCGGGUUGUUGAACUUAAAAUGGUUCCGGUUCGGGCCUUAAAAUUCAUAGGUUAGGUCGUUGAAUUAGAAGUUCGUGAUCUAGAUGAAGAUUAAUUUAGAAUUAAUGUAGCUUGAGUAGAAACAUGUUGGGAAAUCAAUUUUGUUUUAUAAAUCACUGACACAAUCUUUUAAUAUAUUAAUCCUACAAAUAAAAUGGUAUCAACAACA